UGACAUAAGAUUAAAUUAAGUUUCAGAUUUUCAGAAGAAAAUUUUGUGUGCGAAAAAUAAUUUUUUUUUUUCAACAACUUUUACAUUUUAUCAAUGCUCAAUGAUUACUAAUUGUAUUAGGGCAAGAUGCAAGUUAUUUUGCCCACCAUUGAGAAAUUCCUACUGCUGUAUUCGUUACGAUGUGGAUCAAUAAUCGUGCUGCUGUGGACUUCAUUGCGUUCGUUCCUGUGUCUAGUUUUCUUCAUCAUUGCUUUAUUAGAGGUGUUUGCCCUCCGUCAUUUCCCGUUUGGGGCUUUACUGGUGGACACGUCUUCGAAGAAGCUAAAGCCGAUUAAUGAAGAAAACAUUUACUACGUGUACGCCGCUUACAUCAGCUUACUGGUUUCCGAGUCGUUUCUGUUCUUUCAUCUUAUUUACGUGGCUGUGGGUCUGUACACUGAGAAAUCUCGCCUAUUUGAACCGUAUCUAAUAUGUCGUUUUGUAACGUGGCUAUUUGAGACGAUAUUUCUCUUCACCCUGUGCCUGAUUCACAAGCUUCUCAUAGGAUGGUAUCUGGCCAUGUUGUUCUUCGUAGUUUUAGAGUUUUAUUCGUUCAUCGUGAUUUACAGCUACUACAACUAUUUACUGGGUUACGAAAGUUUCGUGUGCAACAAAAUUCAGAUACCUAAUGUGUCAUGUGAAUUGUAAAAUUGUAUUGCUAAAUGACUUAAAUGAUUUUAAUUGUGUUGAAAGUAAAGGGUACGGUCAUGAAA